AAAUCCCGGACAACCAUGAAGUGUUUUAUUUUGAUGUAGUGAGCGAAAACGAAGAGGAGCGCAAAAGAGAGCUCACACCCACACAAGUUUUUGUAAAACACAGUGCUCAAACUGUUACUGUUGCACUACCACAACACUUCCUCCAUGUGAAGCACGGGACCUGUGUGCUCAGCUGGAUUGGUCCACCACAACAUCGGUUAUCAGUCUGCUUACAGUCUCCCCGUUUCUCAAACAGCUAGCUAGCCGUCGUAGUACAGACGCUUCUUACACCGCAGCCGGAGAAGGAACCUCACUAUUCUGACUUGUGGGCCUAAGUAACACGUCAAGACACCAAUUCCCCCGGAGGUUUCCAUCUGAUGGAGCACUGGUUGUCAGUCUUUGUGAAGAGGCACCAUGUUUCCUUGUCACGUAACCCCCUGGCCCUCUGCUGAGCCUCCGGCCUCCUGUGGCAGUCAUGCACCCCCGGCACAGCCCUCACAACCCCUGCCUGAUCUGCUGUGCAGCUGUCCUGCUCCACCUUUGAACACUCACUCUGAGACACCCUCCCCAGACCCCAUGGAGUCCCUCAUCGUGGUCACAGAGUACGAACCCAGCAGACCACCUGGAGAGGCUGGGGAUGAGGAAGAGGUAGAAGAAAUGGACAGUUCAGAGACGCCCGAGCCAGCUUCCUCUGUGGCGGCACCUUUCCGGACUCCUUCUUGCGACCUGCUGUCCCACACAGUUGGGCGGCCAGAGGCUCUGCGACCUGAAAGCCUAGAGCAAAGGGGAAGAUUAAACCUGUCAGACAGGAAACUAUCUCUGCAAGAGCGUUCUCAAACGUCAGCAUCGCCCUGCAGCUCUCCAGGACUCAACGGGCGCUAUAUUUACCCGUCACUUCCCUACUCUCCCAUCACAUCACCCCACUCCUCUCCGCGCUUACCCCGCCGACCCACUGUGGAGUCCCACAGUGUUUCCAUCACAGACCUCCAGGACUGUGUUCAACUCAACCAGUACAAGCUGAAAGAUGAGAUUGGAAAGGGCUCCUAUGGUGUUGUUAAGCUGGCUUACAACGAGGAUGACAACACAUACUAUGCGAUGAAGGUGUUGUCCAAGAAGAGGCUGAUGAGGCAGGCAGGUUUCCCACGGAGACCUCCCCCUCGUGGAGCCAAAGCAGUCCCUGAGGGUCCCCCUCAGCCCAAAGGACCCCUUGAGCGGGUCUAUCAAGAGAUUGCCAUCCUGAAAAAGCUGGACCAUCCUAAUGUGGUGAAACUUGUAGAGGUUUUGGAUGACCCCAGCGAGGACCAUCUGUACAUGGUGUUUGAACUGGUCAAGCAAGGGGCUGUGAUGGAGGUGCCGACAGAUAAACCUUUCAGUGAGGACCAGUCACGCUUUUACUUCCAAGAUCUGCUCAGGGGAAUUGAGUACUUACAUUACCAGAGGAUCAUCCACAGAGAUAUUAAACCCUCUAACCUGUUAGUUGGAGAAGAUGGACACAUAAAGAUAGCAGACUUCGGAGUCAGUAAUCAGUUUGAGGGGGCUGAUGCCCUCCUAACCAGCACAGUGGGAACACCUGCUUUCCUUGCCCCUGAAACGCUCUCUGAGACCAGAAAGAACUUCUCCGGAAAGGCUUUGGAUGUUUGGGCCAUGGGAGUGACACUUUAUUGCUUCGUCUUUGGAGUGUGUCCAUUUAUGGAUGAGCGCAUCCUCAGUCUUCAUCAGAAAAUCAGGACUCAACCUGUGGAGUUACCUGAACAUGCUGAUAUAUCCGAUGAUCUCAAAGAUUUGUUGCUGAAAAUGCUGGACAAGAAUCCAGAGACUAGAAUAUCAAUCCCACAGAUUAAGGUGCACCCGUGGGUGACGAGGCACGGUGCUGAGCCUCUUCCUCUGGAGGAUGAUAACUGCUGUAUGCUGAUUGAGGUAACGGAGGAGGAGGUGGAGAACUCUGUUAAACACAUCCCCAGCCUGGCUACAGUGAUCCUGGUGAGAACUAUGCUGAGGAAGCGCUCCUUUGGGAACCCCUUUGAUUGGGGCCGUAAAGAGGACCGCAGCAGUUUGUGUGCUCCAGGGCAAACGCUCACGAAAGGCAGAGCAGGCAAUAUGAGGUACUGCUACAUUCAUUGUGACCAAAGAAGGAAACAGGAGAGUGGCGAUGGCAUGAGGAGUAUGGACCUGCCCUACGUGGGAGAGGAUGAGGCUCUUUCCUGAUGCAGAGGGUUUAUUAUGCACGCUGGCGUCUGCCUGCCUGCCUGCAACCACACCGCACGACACCCCUUUACUUACAGUUUUAUAACAGGCAGCCUACACCUAUGAACAUUUCCUGGGAGGUGGAAAAAUGUGCUGGAUGCAAAAAAAACAAACAAAAACAGGAGAAAUUGAGGAUCUAAGGCACUUUGCUUUUAUUCCAUUCCUUCCUGUUAAAACACUCAGUUUGGGGUUGUGGGACUUGAGACUGUCACAUGGGAGUCUUGAACCUGUCUUCAGCCCUUAUUGCCCAACCCACUCUCCUCUUCUUAUCCUGCAUGCAUUUAUAGUCCUAGCAUGCUUUGUCUCAGGCUUCUACUGUACAGUUUCGUGUUUUAUUGUAGUUUAGCAACUUUCUCCUUGUAUUUACUUGACGAUGCUUUCAGGUACACAGGGCACUGGAACAGGCGAUGGUUUAUGGGGAGGGACGGUUUGUUUCACCAUCACCUCCACAUUCUCUUUAGUAGAGCAGGCUUCUUGACAAUGAUUGUCUGGUUCACUCUGCUUGCUUCAGAGUAGCAGUGCCCAGUUUUGUAACAUAUUUUAGAGUGAAGAAUCUGUACAGUUUUCCCAAAAUGAAAAAGGGGAGUGAAAAAAUGUUUACUUCAUUGAAUGCAUGUGUUUACUUUCCAAUGCAAGCACUAUAUAUAAGCUAUUUAUAAGCAUUUGCAUGCUCAUAGAUACACUUGUUUGACACCGUUUUUUUUAGUCUUAUCACUGGCUCUUUAAUAUUAAUGCUCCCAUCAACUACAGUCAAUAGAAAGCUUUAAAAGCAGUUGAUAUAUUGCUUUGUAAACAACCUAAUUCAUCACCACUGCAUACACAAUAGCAUAGAAAAAUUGGGAUUUUCUUCUCCUUUGUAAAGCUAGUUCUUCUGAUGGAUCUUUUUAAUGUGAGCAAUGAGAUGGUUUUUAGGUGUUUGUCAUAUAUUUUCAAAUUCUUAGAGCUGCAACAAUUAAAACAAUUAUCACUACCUUCACGAGUAAUGAAGCGAUCUACCAAAUAUUUGAGCAUAUAAGAAAACCAGAAUGUGUUGGUGCAUAUUCUGUAGCCAUUGUCUGCAAUGGUUAAAAAUAGUUUUUUAUUGUUUAAUCUGCAAAUCAAUUUUCUCCAUUUGUUUGGACAAACAAGGUUGUGUGUUGUGAUGCUGAGUUCCACAUGUUUCGACUGUGUCAUGUAUUUGUUUCACUUCUCAAAGUAAAGGUUUGUAUGUAGAUUGAAAACAGAAAUUAAUGACUAUUGAACCUCAAGUUGAAAUUGUGAAUGUUCCUACUUGUAAAACUUCAAUUAUGUCUAAUUUUGUAACGUAUAUUACGGUAACUUAACGAAAACAAACCUUUAAACUAUUUGUUCUUUAUUGCGCUAUUAGAGCUGGCUGCCGAAGGAAGUUUUGAGAUGGAAGCAUAGUUCAGCUGUAUUUGUACAAAUCUAUGCAUGACAUAUCUGUAGAGGUGAACUUAAAACUGUUUUCAUCAUUUGUCGGAGGAGUACGCCACUCUGCAAAUAUUUCAAAAAUAAUUAUAAAGUACUUUAUUAAGUGAUGUUUUAUUUUAGAUAAUCCCAAAGCAGUAAAUUUACAUUUUUCCACUUGUGUUCCUUUUGUUUACCUUACAUUUGUGUCCUUCAUCUUCUCCAAUAUGUUAGUUUAGAUAACGUCACUUGGCGUGUCUCUCACAUAGAAUAUUGACAAAAUAUGAAUUAUAACAUUUAAUGCUUCCACACACUAAUUACUUCAGCACUUAAGUGUUGAAUGUAUAAGAAAGGGACUUUUAGAUAUUUUUAUUUUUACUUACUACUUGCAUGUCACUCUGCACUGUAUGUCUGUUUUUAAAACUAGUACUAUGCAUACAAUGUGUCUUUCUCUGUAUGGUGCGAUGGUACACCCUGGCAGAUUGUCACGUACAGGCUCAGUGGAUGGAUAAGGAGGGCUGUAUGUGGUUCAUUUAUUUAAUUAAUUUUGUCUUACCCGAUGUUUUAUCCAGAAAUAUGUAAUUAAGUUGUGCUCUCCACUGUUGAGUGCUGCAAACUGAGAUAGGCACUCUGGCUUUAGAGUUUCAUAACAUUAUUGGACUGUACUUUUGACAGAUUUUUUUUUCUCAAUGUUAGCCAAUAAUUUUUUAAUGCCCACGAUUUAGUCAGAGAAUUAAUUGCAUAAAAAUCUCAAUUUAUGUCACAUUGUGAAAUGUCACCUCAUUUAAACAUGCUUUAACACAAACUUAUCAGAGAUUUUGCAUUCUGUCUCACUGUAAGUUGCUAUAGACUAUUGUUAUCUAAGAUAAUAUUUUACCUUGAGCAAAAUAAGAAAGUUACUUCCCCCUUGGUUUGAAUAUUUUGCCCUCCAUGACCAACAAGGUUGAACUGAAGGACAUUUUGGGUUCGAACGCAGGGUGACGGUGCAAGCCACAGAAAAGCUGUAAGAUAAAUAUUUUAUACAUACAAUAUUUAUAUCUGUACUUUGUUUCAGUGCAGUCUUUGCCCAUUCUUGUCAGAAGAGCCAGGCUAUGUGAUUAACUGUUAUUGUUCACAUGAUUUUGCAUUCAGUAGUGUAAACUUAUACCAUUAAGAGCUUUGGGGGCUCUUUUCCCCUAAAUGCAUGCCAACAUACUGAACACAUAGCGCUGUAUUGUCAUAGCAUGAGAGGUCCUUAACAACAAAAUGGGACCUUUAAAUGAAUUAUUCUAUACAUACUGUAUCUUGUUCAUCAUUUGAAUAAAAAUAUUAUUGCCUUUCUGUA